UCCAGGAUACGCGGAAGUCAAGACAGUGCGGAUUGACCUCAAACCCAUCAGCCGCUCAUGCAUCAAAACAUUGCACUCUAUGGCUUUUUACAGUAACCAUUUCAGGAAUAAUUUUAUUUUUAUUUUAAUUAUAACGCUGCAAAGCGAUGAAAUUUUGGGAUAUCCUGCUGAAGCCUUUGCCAAUGCAAACACUGACAGCAUAGAAAGCCCGUGUGUGGAGACCUCCCUCCACACGGUGCUGUGCUCCGGGCUACGCAGCCCCGCGGCCCUGACGAACGCCGCCCUCACGGCGCGUCACCUCACCGUCACCAACAGCUCCCUGGUGGCCCUCAGCGGCGAGCACCUCCUGCCCCUCACCCAGCUCCUGGCCCUCACCAUCACGCACAGCCGCGUGGUCCUGAGUGAUCUGGUGUGGCCGGCGCGGCUGGGGCUGGAGGAGCUGGUGCUGGAGCGCUGCUGGAGUAACUCCCCCGACACCAACAACUCCAAUGGCGCAGUCAACAAUAAACUACAAAAAUAUCUCCAGAUCCCGCCCAAGGUGUGGUCAGCGCUGACGUCACUCAAGACACUCAAGAUUGUGGAGUGCAGCAUCAAAGUGGACGACGAGCCCGGCGGCGAUGGCGCAGUAGGUUUCGGUCUGCUGCCGCCUUCAACGUUCUUAUCCAUCGAAGGAGGCGAGUAUGAGUGCCACUCGAUCCAAGUGUACCUGUUGACGCUGGUGGAGUCAGGGCGCGCCGCUGUCUCUGAGAACACGUCCUGCUUCAUCCUCGAGGACAUCAGCAAGUUCAACUCCUACUAUACCUUCAACAAGAAGCCUCUUCUCGACGUCCUCAAGCUCAGGAAGAGCGUGGAGCGUUGCCCGUCUGCGUGCUCAUGCGAGCUGCUGGGGUUCAGGUCGCUGGAUCGGCCGCUGUUGUCCGUCGACUGCCGCGGCGCCGGCCUCACGACGCUGCCGCCCGCCAUCCCGCCGCUCGCAUCCUCCCUCAUCAUGAGCGACAACAACCUGACGAACAUUGACGCGGUGUUCAGUAACCCCGACUAUAGUCGCCUCGCCAAGUGCGACUUCAGCAACAACGCGAUCAGCAGCAUCAAUGGCGCCGCCCUCCUUAACUACUUCACGUCCAGAGAGCACGACGUUUAUUUCGACUUGAGGAACAAUAAACUCUCGCAGUUUCCUGUGUGGGAGUUGACGAGUUUCUACAACAAGGGGCACCGAAGCGGCGAGAAACAUUUGCCCGCCUUCGACCUCAGUGGCAACCCCUGGGACUGCGAGGACUGCUCCUUUAUUCCUUACUUUAAGUCCUUCGUGUACGACAACAUGUUCCACAUCCCUGACCACCUGCGGGUUCGUUGUGAUGACACCGGCGCUCUACGACCUAUCCUCUACGUAGACUUCGAGGCGCAGUGCUACCCCAAGCAGUCGCCUCUCAUGGCCAUCGAUGUCGUGAACAUCUUCAUGGCGCUUGUCCUGCUUGCCACCAUCGCAAAUUUUGCGCACAACUAUUAUCAGUAUCGCAGGUACGGCAAGUUGCCGUGGGUCGUGCGCCACUGCAAGAGGUGUUGAGUCUCGAACGCCGUGUCUCUUCUGACGUUGACUUCUCUUAGUUGCCUAGAGAAGUUAUUACAAGUUUUCGACAAAAUUUUAGCUAUGUGUCAUUGCCUAGAGUGGUUUUUGAUGAAUGUAUGUCCAUGUAUUGGCACGUUUUCCAAUUAAAUGCUAAAACAUGACGCAUAGUAGAUAUUGUUUUGUUUUUAUAUGUUUUGUUGCUAUUUUUUGCUCGGUUUUCUGUUAAUGUAUGCCCAAUUAUUGGGUCAUAUGCGAGAUGAAUAUUCUUGGAUUCAAUAGUGGGUUGAUUUUUAUAAUGUACAGCGAAAAAAGCUCCCCCUUUAACAGUUGCUGCGGCUGCAACAUAAAGCCUCAAAACCGAGCAAAGCUGCUGCCAUGGCGGCGAGUUUUAUCCGCGUGUGCAACAUGCAUAUUCAAUAUACAUGCGUUAUUAAGAAACUUGCUCGCUUAAUAAUUGCCCAAAUAUUCUUGUCAUUACUGGCCGAGUGAUUGAUCUGGUAUGAAUGGUAUGAAAAAGGCGUUAAAAUAUAAAUUGAAUAUAUGGAAUAAAUUGGUGGCUCUCAAUUUGAUGUGUUAUUUUUUUGCAGCAUUUAAAUGCUUUGAUGUGUGUGCUUUAUAACCUCAAAAAAUUGUAGCGUACUCUGACGAGUACAUUCAACCGAAAAGCACAAACUUCUUGUGAGUGUGCAAUGAUAAGCUGCCAUAUUAUUCUCUAUUCUUGUUGUUUGUUAAUGUAGUUUUUGGUGAUAUUUAGAUGAUUAUUUUCUUGUGACUGUGACAAGUCAUAUAAGAGCGCGUGCCUUCGAGGGUUGGUAGCUGCGACUUAUCUGCUUGACUGAGCUGGGUCAUGUAAGGGCCGGCCGCCUCUGCUCUGUAGCUCCCUUAGUCUUGAACACAUAAAAUUGUCAGCAGCGUCCUGUUACGUACUUGAAGGUUGGCAACCUAUUGGUAGUGUAUGCAGACAAAGUUGAGAACAGCUAACUUUCUUGAAUUGUUUGCUUCGUUGGCGGUUAUGAAUUGGUUUUCGUAUUGUCACGUUUAAUGCGUUAACAAAUGAAUGUAAUAUCCUGAGCCUCAACUCUUACCGUCCAAACCCUGUUGUUUCUUAGCUAGAUCUUAUGCUAGGAAGAAUUCCUUAGCAUCUCGGGUUGCUAUUGAUAAUUUUCUCGAUUAGUUUUCUUUACUAGACAUUGAGAAUUAUCGUUUGCUCUGAUUGCUGUAAAAAAACUUCGCUGUGUAUUGUGGUAGUAAUAUAAGGUUAAUUGCAACCAUAUCGACUGUAACAAUCAAGACAUCGAAUGUGUUAGUGGUCAGUGAUAGAACGCCUUUAAUGAGGUCCCAAUGGCGCUCUUAAUACGUGUAUUCCGUUCACGUCAAUCUUCAGGAGUUAGAAAAUAACGACCGUGAUUGUGUUUUCGCUAUUACUAUAAUAUAUAUCAGCCUGUAGUGUGCAUAAUAUAUACCAGCAUGUAUUUUGUAGACGAUCUUGAUAUUCAUAAGACAACGACAUUUAUUGUGAUCUGUUAUUUUAUCGGCUAUCUUUGCCUGACAUUUAGUCACACGUCUUACUCUUACUCCAAAAGAGCUACCCAGAAGAAAUACUAAAUGGAUAGAUGGAACGUCAUGUAGUCAAUUUUUGUGUGUAAUAUGUAAGGUUAGACUUCUUUAAAAUGUUCAUAUUUUAGUGCCUUGUUGGUGAAACAACUAAACUGUAUGAAUGCCUUCAGUUUGUCUAGAAUUUUAUCAAAUAUCAAUUUAUUUAGUCAAUUUGAGAGAUAAUACACCAGAGAAAAUGACUUUUCGGUGUCGAAUGUGUGCAUCAUUUCUAUGCUAUAUUUUAUGUAUAUUUUAAAAUCUUUCUAAAUAAGUGGAUGGGUUGGAAAAAUUUGAUGAAUUAUCUUAAAAUGUGGUACUAAAUGCGCACAGUUUGUGCUGUGGACUGAUUAUAUAAUGUUAUCGAGUGUAGAAUUUUUGUGUGCUCUUCUCCUCGAAGCUGGGAGCUUACAGCAUCGGUAAAUGAUAUUAUUUCA